GGCUGUGUACAUAUGGGACUGACUGCCGUCUGAGGGGGUGGGGCAGAAGCUAUAUAAGGGGGAGACUGCCCUCAGAGCACUCAGUACUUAAAGACAGCGGUUGAAGGGAGAAAGAUCAAGAGAAAGAGAGAGAGAGAGAGAGUGAGUGAGAGCACGAGAAAGGCGAACAAUACACAAAUCCCACCGGGGAGUUUUGGAAACCAUUGAAGGAUUUUGGGAAGACAGAUCUCACAAGAAGCAACGUCAAUUGAAAGGACUUGGACUUGCUGAACAGAGAGAGUGACAGGAGAACUACAGCACGCGAAAAAUGAAGGAUUCCCAGAGCAUGCUGGAAGAGGGACGCGCAGGGGAACAAAAGGGAAGCAGAAGAGAGGCCCCCAUGGCCUGGUUCAGGAAUGAGGUUGUCCGGGUGGGGCUGGCCGAGACACUCGGCACAUUCGUUAUGAUGGUUUUCGGGCUCGGUUCAGUGGCUCAGGUGGUCACAGGGAAGGGAGCGUUUGGGGAGUACCUGAGCAUCAACCUGGGUUUCGGGAUAGGUGUGGCGAUGGGGGUACACGUAGCUGGCAGCGUUUCUGGUGCCCAUAUGAAUGCAGCGGUCUCCUUUACGAUGUGUGUCUUUGGCCGUCUGAAGUGGGCGAUGCUUCCUUUGUACAUCACAGCACAGUUUCUGGGAUCUUUUCUAGCAGCUGGAACAGUCUUUGUCCUCUACUAUGAUGCCAUUCAUCAUUACAGUGAGGGAAACUUCACAGUAUCUGGCCCAAAAGCAACAGCUGGGAUUUUUGCCACCUAUCCAGCCCCAUACCUCUCUCUCCACGCUGGCUUCCUAGACCAGGUGCUGGGCACUGCCAUGUUGCUUCUCUGCCUGAUGGCCCUGUCAGAUCAGCGAAACCAGCCGGCACCCAAGGGCACCGAACCUCUGGCUUCCGGCCUCCUGGUACUGCUGAUUGGCAUCUCUCUGGGUAGCAACAGUGGCUACGCCAUCAAUCCCACUCGAGACUUGGCACCCCGAGUCUUCAGUGCCCUCGCUGGAUGGGGACCUGAGGUGUUCAAGGCAGGCUCUGGAUGGUGGUGGGUUCCUGUGGUGGCCCCUUUGGUUGGGGGGGUCCUGGGCGCCCUGAUCUACAGGGUGUUUGUGGAGAUGCAUCACCCCCGCAUACGGGCCCAGGGGCCGGAAAACGAGCCAGAACGCGAACCGCUGUACCAGCUGGAAAAAGCCGCUCCCGCUGAAAUGUGUGUGUAGACAGCUGUCGGACCCACACACUCGUGCAGUAAGGCUCGGACCAAACUGGUUCUGAGGGCCAUGGAGAGGCUGGACUUAGACGGGCCAUGCUGAGGAAGAGUUGCCCUUGUAUGGACACUCAUCUCCUUCAGCUCCUUCUCUUCCAAUCUAAUGUGAUUGUUGUCAAGAUAUGGGAAGGCCAAACUGUCUGAGUACAAAACCACUCCAGCUAAUCGACAGCAUACAGCAAUGAGGAAAGGCCGGAAGGACAUUCGGUUUCUUCGAAAAAGACUGUACGCAUCGCUUCACACAAAGGCUGAUGGAGGAACAAAGCAGAGGAAAAGUGGGAAAACGGGUGAAGUGCUGGACUGGUCAUUAAGAAAGUGAGAAGGAGCCACCGUGCCGGAAAACACUGCGCACCACCCUCUCUUCACCUAUACUGCCUCAGUUUAGAGCAGGCCACCAUUUGAGCAAGAUUUACCACCAAUAAGAGGAAGAGAAUCAGAUGCACAGGCUUAACUGAAGUCAGUUGUUAUCCAGUCCACCUACUAGUAUUCAUCUUUGAAUAUCAAGUAUAAGGAAAUGGCUCUUUAUAACUAAAGUACAUCCAUUAGCUUGAACAAAUGAUGUACUAAUCACCGUUAUGUGCCUCCACUCUGUCUGUAAACCUUGCGAUAUAUGAUACUAGGUGAAGAAAGGAAAGCAAAACAUGAGCUGUACAGAUUCUAGAAUCUAUAGCAGGUUGAGAGCCAUAUUAGAAAACAAACUAAGACUUACCCAUGAUAUGUUUCAGGAAUAGUCUUUAAUAAAUAAAUAAGUACAGUUGGGAUCCAACAUAAGUUAGAGGUAGUGAACAAACAUUCCUGUGUUCAGAGUUUAUCAGACGGACUGGGAAACCAGUGACUAGGAGUGUGAAGCGAUAACUAAUGAUAACAAAAUGCAUAUUCUUCCAGUUAGGUGUACAUACAUAGAUACAUCCUCACUCAAGGACAGCAAAAUAUAUACGUGAUUCUCAUCCAUUGGAAGUGACGCACGAAAUUACUUUUAAAAUACUUUAAGCCCUUCCAGUCAGUCAUUUUAAAACACAUUCCGCUCCUUGCAUACCCAAAUAGCUUAAAUAGCUUAAUAACACAUUCAGUGCUUUAUUGCCUUUAUCUGGUCAUCGUUUUAGCACACUGAGUCUCCCUGACACCCCAUGUCCUCUGGAUGUGCCUCCAGAGCCCGUGGAGGAUGCCUGGGCAGGAGGUUUCUUUUUGGGGGGUGGCUGCUUGGCUCUCCCCCUGAAGGCUUUGGCCGGGUCCAGCUUGUUGAGCAGUGGCUCACCUGCACUGUCCAGGUGAGGUUCUGAGUGGAAGGUCAGGGGUUGGUAGAGGGCAGCCCAUUGCUAGGGUGAGAGGGAGAUGGAGUAAGCUAUAGUGAGAGAGCUAUAAAAGCAGUUCCCUAGCACUGGUAACUCAGUUAUUACAGUGUACUAUGGACUGGUAAAUGUGUGCAAUCUCUUAUAUGACUUGAAACUUCUGUAUAAAAGAUUAAAUUAACUUCAGUUAGCGCUGUGUUUGCAUUAUACAUCGAAUGUAUUUGAAGUAUAUAUUUUGUUUCUACUAAGUCAAUAAAUGUAUAUUGAAAUGUU